CGCCGACACGGUGGGGCCGCCGACGGAGCACACCGCGAGUGUAUGCGCGACGUGAUUGCGAACCGAGACGCAAAGUUUCGGAGCGUCCGUCGCGCAUGACGGCCUGACGCCCGACGCCUGACGCGGUCUGCCAAGCGGCGUUAUGGCUAAAACUGCGCGACUGCGGGCCCGCACGCACAUAUCGUGUCGGGCAUCACGGAGCUAUGGCGCAUCGAGUGACUCGCGCGGGGCCGCAGCGCACCGCGGCGAUCCCGUUAUGUAGCCAAGUCGAACGAGCCAGGACUAGUUGACAGGCAGGGGACCUCCGGGAACUGAUUGUGCGCGGGCGGGCGUCGCAAGCUCGCAAGUUUGUAGACGUGAUGGCGGCGAGUAAGGGGCUAUCAUGACGUGAUUAGAGCGAUCCUGCUGCCCACGAUCAGCGAACGGACACGAUGUGGCCCGUCGACUUUGCGAGCGCUGGGCGGGAAAAGGCGCUGGUGUGCGCAGCGGCUUGGGCUUGGGCUUGGGCUUGGGGGUUCUUCGAGUUCCUCGGGAGGAGCCUCGUCGUUGACGCUGGUCGACCCUGGAUUCACACCGUCGGAGAGCACGAUCUCUGUUCCGGAGCGACUCGAAUGCAAGCCGUCAAGCCCAAUAUUGCAAUCAGUGAUGUCAUUGACCGACGCGCCGGCGUGUGGGACCAAUGCGCUACCUAACGCGACCC